ACGAAGAUUUGGACGGUUCUGUCUCGCUAUCAGAUAAGGGAGGGUGGUUCUUUCAGCAGUAGCCCAUUAUCUUGACGCUGGCUGUCAUGGCGUUCACUCUCUUUUACGCGUAUUUGACCCUAUUCAUACUUCAAGUCUUCGGUCUUCCUAUCACGAUUUCGACUGAACUUGCUGUUCAAAGAAAUCAGGAGAGCGCAAUCGUGCUAACUUGGGAACCGCAGGAUCCAGAGUAUUUUGUUUCUUUUCCACCACACGUCACCUCGGGUAGGGGAUGUGAACUGUGCUCAGCAGAGAGCUUAUUAGCGGCUCGCAGGGCUUUCAUUUCGUCCGGUGUCGCAGGCCUACACCAUACCGAUACUUGGCACGGGGACUCUGUUGUUCUUCACGCGACAUCACCUGAUCCUCGCGUUUCCAACGAGGGCAUCAUAACAAGAAAGAUACACUCUCGGAGCGCAACAGUGAAUCUCGACGAUAGGGACUUGCAUGGUGGCAACAGUGACGGCUUCAUGAUUCGCGCAGACAGUAGAGGCGCUAUAAUACUAAAGAAGGGUAGCGGCGGCAAAAAUGUGACUAGUGGAGGUGUUACAAUCAAUGGCGGGCGUGGGAGUACUACGAUAAGUGGAGGUGCUAAAAUAAAGGUUGGGCAUAAAGGUGGUACCGCAAUAAGUGGGGAUGUUACAGGCGGGCUUGGAAGUAAUGCGACUAGUGGAAGUGCUACAGUAGGUGGUGGCGGGUCAGCGGUCAGCGGGAAUGCUGUAGCGGAUGGUACAAGCACAAUGGACAAUGAAUCCACCGGAUCCACCUCUGCAGAGAUAAAUUCUGCAACUACAUCGCCAGGAACGUUUACCUCAGUGCGCCAUACGAAUGUACCGGUAAUCAUUGGCAGCACCGUCGGAUCAGUGGCCCUGGUAGUAAUACUAGGUCUCCUGGGAUUCCUCUGGCGCCGGCGAAAAAGCAGGCUUAGAGACGAAAGUACCUCUAAAACCGAAAGCCCUCCAAAAGAUUCUAGACCUGAGUCUACGGGAACCCGUGCCAUACCGUCAAUUUCGACUUAUCCUUUUACUUUCGCGCCAAACAGGGGAGGCAGUGAUGUUCCCUUGCCUUCCGACGAUGGCACGCUUGACUUGCCUCACAGAGUAACUGUCUCUCCUUCCAGAGGUUCUUCAUGGCGACCGGGAGAGGCGAACCAAAGUCUUGAGCGGGAAAAUCCAAGGAAGCUUACGGCUGAAGCGGUGGAAACUACGCACGUCGAAUCGCCACCACCUUAAUAUCUGUCACCAUAUUAAGGGAUACAGCAUGGCCUGGUCGUUAAGUCAUUGACUUGGU